AUGUGGACUGGUGAGAGUGAGGAGAUAGAGGAAGGGGAGAGAAAGAGAUGGAAGAAGGUGGGCAGAAGGGGAGAGAGACCCCUAGUGGGAGUCAAUAGGGGUCAAGCCAAAGAAGAAAAGCACAAGGGCCAAGGAGGCACCAGCAGAGGGCUGAGGCGGGAGUCAGGCAAGCCCUGGAGCGCCAGCAUGGAGCCAGGUGUCCGGUGGGGGCAGGGAGCCCACAGGUGCCUGAGCUGGUGGGCAGUCUCCCGUCACAAACAGGGCCCAGGAACGGCCUGUCCAGGGCAGAGACCAGAGGUCAGAGGACAGAGCACAGCAGUCCACCGAUAG